CUUCUAUUAUUCUACUUCAGUCUAGAAUCUAGAGUAUUCUAGAGUAUAGAUUCUAGAACUAGACUCUAGAUCUAAGAGUCUAGACCCUAGAAUAGAUCUAGAUCUAUAUAAUUAUUAUCAGUCUCUUUUAUUUUUGCAAGCAGCUUUGCAUACCUCUUAAUUAUUACUCUUAAAUUAAUAAUGAUUAUUAUUAAUAUUAUCAAUUUAAUUAUGAUGAAUCAGAUGAUCAUCUCAUUGUCUCAUCUGUUGUGUUGAGUUGCUAGACUAAUUAGCUUUAUGAUUAUCAUUUAUCAGUUUAUCUAACUUGAUUCAAAGGUACCCUCGCUUAGUGAUUAGUCAUUUAGUGUGGUGUUAUGCAUGGAAUAGAGCUCUAGUAGUUCCUCUUUUAAUAUUCCUUUCACAGGCCUUAUGGGCUUAUGUCACUUAUGAGUUAUGUCUGAAUAUAGCCAACUGUGCUAUAGCCUAUACCCUUUGGCUUUACAAUACUUUACAUCAGUUGACUCAUCGAAAGCCAAAGAAAAGAUGUAGAAUUCAAAAUCAGUUAUUUGUUCUUUAAUUGUUUGCGCUGACAUGAUAUGUGGUUCAUUCUAUCUGCCACAGUGUAGCUAACAUCAUUUCUUUAAAUACUUUCACCUUUUCUGGAUAAAUAACUUCAGCAGCUUCAACGACACACUCCUUAAUAAAUAAAAAUCACCUUUACUAAGUGAUUUGCUAUGGCUUACAAUUAAGUUUGACAAAAUGUAGCUGGCUUUCACUGCAGACUUACUAGUAUUGUCAGUUUAACAAAUAAUGUUUGUAGCCUUUUAAAACUAUUUUUCAAUUCAAGUAGCUUGUCAUCUCUCAUUUUCCUGCUUAAUAAUCUAACAUUAUUUUGAUAAUUCUUGAGGUGGCCAUGCUCCAUUUUCCAUGCGGCCACCUAACGCAAUGUUUGACAUUUUUGUUAUAUAGUCUUUUUGCAAAGCUGUUUAAAGCUUAUACAAUAUCAACUCACUCUGUUUGUCUAGAUGUCUAUCUGUCUGUCUGGUAAAAAGUGUGUACAUGACAUACAUAUUAUUUGUCCCUCACCCAUUCUCGUAUCAAGUUGAAAGUUUUCACAAUUGUUCAUUGGCAUAGAUAAGACAUUAAUCAAUAAAAAAAAAGUAACAAGUUAGUCAGUUACUACUAGUAAUUAAUUUUUUUGUUUGAUACCAACAAGGGAAACUAAUCCAUCAGUAUUCACAGAUAUGGCUAAAUUUAUUAGCUUUAACCCCUUUAAAUAAUUGUUAACACUAUUUACACUAUUUCUCCCUCAUGCAUUCUCCAAUCAAGUUGAUACUUUAAACAAGUAUUUAUUGUACCUAAUGGUCACCUAUUAUGCCUAUCAAAACCAGAAUCAAUUAAAAAAAUAACCAAUCAGUCAAUUAAUUAUUGGUAAUUAAUUACUUUGUUUGAGGUCAAAUAAGAUCUGGAGAUUUUUUUUUACUGAAAAUGGACAUGGUUAAUUCUUUUGAUGGUGAUACCAAAGGAGCCAGUGCAUUAAAACGACUGAUGCAAAAAUAUUUCAAAAAACUUAUUAGUGGCUUGGUUGGCUUAGAAAAAUGUGAAGCAAUGUGCAAAACAUCAGUAGCAUCUCUCUCUAAUCUUCUAGAGCAGUUGGAGUCAUUGUUACAGGUAGACACAAGGGGAGAGAUGCUUACUUGCCAGUUUCCAGAUUUGUUGUCCAGGAUGCAGGUGAAAAUUUCUUCAGAAAUUGAUGUGAAAGUUGGUUAUAUUUUGGAUCAAAUAGAGGUUUUGAAGGAGCAGCAUCAUUUGGCUUACAAAGUCAAGUGGGAUGUCUUGAAUUUGUGUAAGAAGUACAAGGCAGAUUUAUCACAUUCACUCCUUACUACUGGCCAACCAACAGUUCCUCCACUAUCUGUUAUGUUUAGUUGGAUUGAUGACACUGAAAGACUUUUCCGUGAAAUUUAUUGUUCUCGUCAGUUCUUCUUGGAAAAUCUAAUGGAUAAAAGUGUUCUUAACUCUGGCAAUCUUAAGGAUCUAUGGUUGGAAGGUGUGCCGUCACUAAUAAACUUAAUAAAAGAUUGUGAAGAACAGACGAAGUAUUUUUUAGAAGAAAAGAUUUGAUGGUUUCAAUGUGUUCAACCACUGAAUCAAUAGUAUCAAGCUAUUGAAGACAGUCAGUACUGUGUUUUAAUAUGUUGAGAAAGGGGAGAAAAAAAAAGCAACUAUUUAGUCUCUUGGACUGUUGCUGCUUGUCAUCAUUAGACCCUUGACCAUGCUUGAUGUUAUCAUUGAUUGGGUUUCUAAAGUUCUACUGAGAACUUGAUCCUAAAUAGUAGUUAGUAGUUUUAUUCAAUUAGGAUUCAGAUACAAAAUUUUUUACUCAAAGCAAUAUAGAAUAAUGGACAUUCCUCUAAGGGACAAAUAUAAUAAGUGUUCUAAAAAUAUUUCCUCCAAAUUAUUACCGUAUAGAAUAUUAAUGUGUACUGUUUUGAAUUACACCAUUUGUCCAGUAAAGUCAAGUAUCUUGACUUGUUUUUUUAGAGCUACCCCAAGGUAAGUAAUUUUUAUCUCUUUUUAGAGAUUUAUAGUGAAUGAGCUUUUAAACGUUUCAUUUCAUUAGGCCAUCACAAUGACCAACCAAUUCUACACUCCUUAAUAAAUGCAUGGGUUCCACUUUUGGGGUCUAAACACAAUAGAAACUCGGUCUAUAUAAUUUUUUUUUUUUUUUUCUU